AUGGCCUUGCUCCCGUCUGGGUCAACUGCAGCAUCCUCGGUCAACGUGGGCAUGAUCGCCUCGUUCCCCUCGCCGCCCUAUCUAACAGAGCUUCUGGAGACGGCUGCCCAAGAGAAUGCGUCGAGCUAUUUCCCCAUCCUCGAUCGGGUGGCCAGCGGUCACUUCAGCCAGGCUGCGACGGAUCGAGACCUGUAUGAGUCAUUUCUGAGCCUGCUGCAGGAGGACAAUCGUGUGUCCAGUGCGGAGGCUCUAUCGACGUUCAAGCUAGCUUUGUCGUUGCGGUCGGCAGCUCCUCGGAUCGAAGCCCACUUUCAGUAUUACCGCACGGCUGUCGAAGCACAGGUGGCCGACAGUCCGGAAAGCUGCGAUCAGUGGAUUUUGUGGCAGGGCGGGCAGUACUGCUCGCCUUCGCUGGACAAGGCCACGGCAACGGUUCGGAAUCAUGAGGCGCAGCGGAAGGCGCUGCCGUUUGACACGAAACUGGGCGACGGAGUGGAUGCCAUCCUCUACGCCGACAUCACGUCUCCCGAUUUUGGGCCGUUCCACACCUUUCUAGCAGCGAAGGCGCGAAAGGGCGAGCUUGCGUACCGUCUGCGUCACGUGCGAAGUGCGAGCUCAGCAGGCCGGGAAGACUCGCUGGAACGGCUGCCCGUCAGCGGCUACGGCGUGGAGCUGGCGCUGAAGCGGACGGACUACAUUGUGAUCGACGACCGGGAGGCGGAGGCAGCAGCGGCAACGACGACAGCGAGUGCAGACGAGGUGGUGCUGGACGGGUCGGACGAGGUGGCCGACCUCAAGGCGCUGUCCAAGUCGGAGUUGGCGGAACUGGGCCUCAAGGCAGCAGACUACAUCGUGCAGAGUGCAGAUCCGCUGGCGACGCUGUUGAAGGUGACGCAGGACUUUCCCAAGUACUCGAGCGCGAUGGCGGCCCACGAGGUGUCGGAGGCGUUUGCGACGGAGCAUCGGGCAAACCGGGCGCUGCUGGUGCCAUCGGGUAUGAACGUGCUCUGGAUGAACGGGGUGCAGCUCACGGAGCGGCAGAUGCAGGCGUUUGCGCUGGUAGACAUGAUCCGACGCGAGCGGGAGCUGGUGAACGGUAUGCGGACACUGGGACUCAGCGGCGAGGAGGCGGUCUCGGUGCUGGGCCACGAUGCAGUGGCGACAUCCAAGGCGACGGACACGCCGCUGCGAUUCGACUGGCGGGACGAGCUGGAGGAGGGCCGGGCGAUCGUGUGGCUGAACAACCUCGAGACGGACGCACGAUACGCCGACUUCCCGAGCAACAUCAGGGCGUUACUGCAAGGCGGCCAGCGCGGACAGAUCCCGGCAGUGCGGCGCAACAUGUUCCACCAGGUGUACACAGUCGACCUGGCAAACGAGGCGGACGUGCAGCUGGUGACGGAGCAGCUGCAGGGGUUUGUGCGGCGGAUGCUGCCGAUCCGGUUCGGAUUCGUGCCGCUGACAUACAGCAAAGCGUCGACACGGCAAGCCAAGGCGGCAUACUACCUGUUUGAGGCCUGUGGUAUCAGCGGGCUGACGGCGUACCUGGAGCAGACGGUGCGAGACCACACAGCAGCGAGCGGACCGGAUGCGCGGGCGUUUGCGGCAGUGUUAGAGGGCCACGUGGAAGCAGGAUUCAAGACGGAGGACACGCCGCUGCUGACGCUAGACGAGGUGCUGAGAUCGGAGCGGUACGAGCAGGCGAUACGGCUGGCGCAGCACUGGACAGAGCGACUGGGGGCCGGAUCCUCGACAGCAGCGCCAGCGAUCUUUGUGGACGGUGUGGCGAUGCCGCGCGAUGGCAACUGGAUACAGGCGAUGAGCGCACGACUCGGACAGCAUCUGCGGUCUUUGCAGGAGGCGGUGUACUACGGCCAGAUCGGCGAGGACGACUGGGUGGCCGGACACUUUUUGCAAGGGGCGGUGACGACGCGGAAUCCGUACAUCUACCCGGACGAGAGCAGCGUCAACAACAAGCUAUCGGUGGUAGACGUCGGACGACUGCACGCGGAGCACGCAGACCUCUUUGGCGACAUUCCAGUGCUAGAGGCCGGGGCUGAGGCAGGGCCGGAGACAUGGGCGGCUGUGACGGUGGUGGCGGACCUCGAGAGCGACGAGGGCGUCAAGCUGCUCUUUUCGGCGCUGCAGUUCGGGCUCAACAACGCGGGCGUGCGGCUGGACAUUGUGCACAACCCGUCAGGACCGAGAAAAUCGACGACGGGGCCAAAGGCAGUCAACGCGGCUCUGUGGAAGCAGCUGGAGCAGCUGGCCGGAGCAGAGUCAUGGGAAGCACUCAAGACACUGAUCACGACAAGCGAAGCGGCAGCAGCAAGCUAUGUGGCGGCAGUGGAACGGUUCCGGACAGCGACGACGAUUGAAGCCGGCGCCAACGCGGUGCUGCUGAACGGACGGCUCAUCCAGCCGAUCAAGCAGGCAGACGACUUUGGGCCGGACACGUUUGCGGCGCUGCUGGCGUUUGAGCAGCAAAAGCGAAUCGAGCCGGUGUACGCAGCACUGGCCGACUUGGAACUAGGCGAACGGGUGUUGACAUCGGCGUUGGCAGCAGCGAAGCUGACGUCGAUGGUGGCACUGUCGACGAUGGCGGACGAGCCGGAAGGCAUAUUCGAGGGCGGGCCAGCGCUGCGGACGACGACAUUCCGAAAGUGGCAGACAGACCACACGAGCUUUGCGAUAGGCGACGAGACGACGGCGACGAUCCAGCUGACGGCGGUGGUGAACCCAGCCAGCGAGUUGGGCCAGCGAUGGACGCCGCUGCUUUCCGUGUUGGCACAGCUGGACGGCGUGUUUCUGCGCGUGUUCCUCAACCCGGCUAACCGGCUGGACGAGCUGCCGGUCCGACGAUUCUACCGAGCGGUGCUGGCAGCGACGCCGACGUUUGACGAGGUCAGCGGCCGGCUGGCGAUACCACGAGCCCGCUUCGACGGACUGCCAUCCGAGGCGCUGCUCAAUCUGGGCAUGGACGUGCCGGCAGCCUGGCUGGUGGCGCCCAAGACGUCGGUGCACGACCCGGACAACAUCCGGCUGAGUGCGGUGCGCGGCGACGUGGAGGCGACCUACGAGCUGGAGCACAUCCUGAUCGAGGGCCAUGCGCAGGAAGUGCAGACACAGAAAGGACAGAGGCCGCUGCCACCGCCGCGUGGAGCUCAGCUGGUGCUCACGACCGAGAGCGGCGUGCUGGGCGACACCAUCAUCAUGGCCAACGUGGGCUACCUGCAGUUCAAGGCGAACCCAGGCCACUACCGAAUCCAGCUGAAGCCAGGCCGCAGCGCGUCCGUGUUUGCGCUGCAGAGCGUGGGCGCCCAAGGCAUGACGGCCGUGCCGGGCGACGAGGGCGACGACGUGGCGCUGAUGGACUUCCAGGGAACGACGCUGUAUCCGCGGCUGACACGGCGACCCGGCAUGGAGGCCGAAGACGUGUUGGAGGAGGGAGGCAGCAGCGUGGCCGAGUACAUGGCCAAGGGGAUCCGAUUUGCCGAGGGGAUUUUGGGGAAGAAAGACAAGAACAAGAUGAAGGAGAAGAAGGCCACACAGGCCGACAUCAACAUCUUCUCGGUCGCCAGCGGUCAUCUGUACGAGCGGAUGCUCAACAUCAUGAUGGUCAGCGUGAUGCGGCACACGCAGCACUCGGUCAAGUUCUGGUUCAUCGAGCAGUUCCUGUCGCCGUCGUUUCGGGAGUUUAUCCCGAUACUGGCGGCUGCCUACGGCUUCGAGUACGAGAUGGUGACGUACAAGUGGCCGCACUGGUUGCGGGCGCAGCGCGAGAAGCAGCGGGAGAUCUGGGGCUACAAGAUUUUGUUUCUGGACGUGCUCUUCCCGCUGUCGCUGCAAAAGGUCAUCUUUGUCGAUGCCGACCAGAUCGUGCGGACGGACCUGUACGAUCUCGUGACGCUGGACCUGGGUGGUGCCCCGUACGGCUUCACGCCGAUGUGCGACUCGCGCGUCGAGAUGGAGGGCUUCCGGUUCUGGAAGCAGGGCUACUGGCAUUCGUACCUCAGCCGGAACAGCCAGGGGCCGCCGGCGCCAUACCACAUCUCGGCGCUGUACGUGGUCGAUCUGCAGCGGUUCCGGGCGAUCGCGGCCGGCGAUCGGCUGCGCCAGACCUACCACACCCUCUCGGCCGACCCGAACAGCCUGGCGAACCUGGACCAGGACCUGCCGAACCACAUGCAGUUCCAGAUCCCCAUCUUCAGUCUGCCGCAGGACUGGCUCUGGUGCGAGACCUGGUGCGCCGACGAGGCGCUCGCGACCGCCCGCACGAUCGAUCUGUGCAACAACCCGGAGACGAAGGAGCCGAAGCUCGACCGCGCCCGUCGCCAGGUGCCCGAGUGGACUGUCUACGACGACGAGAUCGCUGCGCUGGCGAAGGAGCACCGGGAACGGGGCGGACAGGGCGGCGGAGACCGACGACAGGGCAUGCCGAUGAGAGCAGCAGACGAGACGAGUGAGCUGAGUGGAGAUCUACGUGGAGAGACUGCAGGAGAGACGGCAGCAGAAGUUGGGACAGAACCACGGGUCCGGGAUGAGCUAUAG